ACACAGUCUACAAAAAAUCUAAUCCUGUCUUGUGUCUCCUUUCCAAACAGCUUCAUCCAGUCAGUCCAUGGAUGAUCAGCAUGAGUCCAUCGAUCUCAGGUCUCCUCCGGUGGACCCGUCGGCGGCUGCGGGACACUGCUGGUUCCCUGGACCCCCUCCUCCCAUGUACUCCUGCACCCUGACCCCCGAGCUGGUGGCCAAGGCCCGGGAGGAGCUCCAGGAGAAACCAGAGUGGCGUCUCCGGGAUGUCCAAGCGCUGAGAGACAUGAUACUGAAGGAACAGCCCAACCUGAGGACGAGGCUGGACGACACCUUCCUCCUGCGCUUCCUGCGGGCCAGGAAGUUCGACUAUGACCGCGCCCUCCAGCUGCUGCUCAACUACCAGGCGGGGCGCAAAGCGUGGCCCGAGGUGUUCCAGGACCUGAAGCCGUCCACGGUGAAACACGUCCUGGACCUGGGCUUCCUCACCGUCCUGCCUCAGCCCGACCCCAACGGGAGAUACAUCCUCUGUCUGCGGCCCGGGAAAUGGAAACCAAACGAUUAUCCGUUCGUCGACAACGUGAGGGCCAUCUAUCUGACUCUGGAGAAGCUGAUCCAGCCGGAGGAGACGCAGGUGAACGGUAUCGUCAUCCUGGCCGACUACACGGGAGUGGGAAUGUCACAAGCGUCCAAUCCGGGCCCGUUCCUCGCCAAGAAAGUAGUGAGCAUCCUCCAGGACGGGUUUCCAAUCAGAAUCAAGGCCGUCAACAUCAUUAACGAGCCGCGGAUUUUCAAAGGCAUCUUUGCUAUAAUUAAACCUUUUCUGAAGGAGAAGAUGGCAGAGAGGUACGUCCUCCACGGUUCAGACCUGCGCUCCCUGCACCGAAACGUCCCCCGCUCGGUUCUGCCCGAGGAGUACGGCGGCACGGCGGGCCAGCUGGACAUGCACGCCUGGUCCCGACUCCUGCUGGACUGCGAGGAGGAGUUCAUAGUGGAGUUCUGCCAGCCCGAUCCACUAGAGGGCGUGCUGCUCCCAGACUCCAUGCUGUUUGAUGGAGAGCAGGCCGGCGGGCAGGACAACGACGACACCUUCAGGGGGAUCCGCUCUCAGCUCUACUACUGUUACUGAAGCCGGCCCGAGGGCUGCAGACGCUCCAUCGCCGAGAGGACUCUGUCUGUGGAGACUUUUAAAAGGGCACGUUGCCAAUAUUAGACAGGAUUUAUUUUAGUAACAAAGCAGCACUACAGGUGGAUAGUCUUUUCUAGUUUACACGUAGCCCAGCAUCUAACCCGGGUGCACAGGCAGCUGCAGGCUAAAGCUGGAGCCGGUGCAUGUUGGUGUCCUCUGUGGAUUCAUAUCUGGUAUUUAAGGGUUAAGUUUACAUUCUUUAAAAAGUCAUCCAUACAUUGAAUCAGUUUCUGCUUUGGGAUACGUCCCUCCUGUCUCACUCCCGUUGGCUGUUGUGUCAAAAAAACAUUUCCUCUACUGACCACACACGCUGGUCUGGGGCUUCUGAUGUUAGCAGAGUUUACCUGUCAUAAGACAAGAGGGAUAUCUGGGAGAAGACUUCCUCUACUAUGCUUUGGUCCUUUUUUUUUUCAGUCUGAUAAGCAACUUGAGAUGUUCAAAUGGAGUGGCAACAUCCGCAGUGUGAUAUUAUAUGCAGAUAUUAAUGAACUGAUGAACACAACCUUUCCCUUGAGAAACAGCUGAUGGGUUCCUCGAUUGCAUUUUGAUCCAAAGCAUUACCGCACAUUUACUCACCACCGAUUGUUUUCCUGUAAACCCUCUCAGACCGAUGAGACACGAAGUCUCGCUUCAGUCGAGCAGACACACACACACACACACACACACACACACACACACACACACACACACACACACACACACACACACACACACACACACACACACACACACACACACCAACCCCUGUAGUUUUUAAUCCCAAACCUUACUAAGUUGUUUUGUUGUCUAAAACAUGCAGGAAGCGUGUGGCCUGCUGUGCGUCUGCAGGCCUUCUUCUUUAAUAAACCUCCCACUACAGACAGACUGACAACUGACACCAAAACACUGCUGAUGGCAAAAUCUUUCUCUUCCCCUGCAGAUUCUGAUCAAAUAGCUGAUUUUAAAAUACUUUUUAAUCAGUAAUUCAGUCAUUCAAAGAUAGUGUUUUAUUUGUUGCCAUUUUAAUAUGUCACUUUGAGAAAGUAUGGUUUGUAUGUGGAGUGACAUGCACCACCUGGAGUUAGAUCUGUGACCAGUUACCUCUGUACAUGGGGCGUCCUCUUUUACCAACUGAGCCAAACCAGGGUCCCUGAAAGUUUGUUUAAGCUUCAGCAGAGUCGGUUCAAAUGGGUGUCAGAAACACUUGGAGAAUUUCAUUUAAAAACAGUGGAAGUGUCCGAUAUGAUUCGAUACCAUGUGGGUUUUUUUUUAAAGCGAUACAAUCUCCACUAUUUGAAUGAUUCAUAGUAUCCAAAAAGUUCACCUGCUUCAUGAGACAGGCGCCUCAGAGAGGAGUAAAUCCAUCAAAAAUGGCAAGCAAACAUCUGCAAACUGUCUAAAUUGCACUAGUAUGUUGGCAAUGUUUCUGUAAUGAAGCAUUAAUGAAACAAAGACAGUGUACAGGUGUUUAGUUGCACUUUUUGAUAACUGAAAACAAGAAACUACCAUUAUUGGUUGCCUAGGACUUCUGUUUUUGGAAUCAGAAUCAUUGGAUUUUUCACUGGAAUAGUAUCAAAGAUUAUUUAAAUUCUGGCAUCAUGACAACCCUGAAACAGUUUAUUUUAUCUGUAUUGUUGCAAACAUUGUUUGGCUAACUGGUGGACUACUGAUCCUCCAUCUUUUCUUUUGGAAGCACGUUAGAAACGAUUACUUUCACUGUCGGUAUGAUCACAUCCAGCAAUCACUGUUUCAACCUAAACAUAGUUUUCAGACGGUCAUGGAAAAAUGUGAACUCACCCCUCCACUGAGGAAGAAUCUAAAAAAACAUUUCUUCCGUUUGUUUAGUAUCUGCAUACCGUCCUUCAGUUUGAGUUUAUAUAUGACUCUUAUACAUUCAACUGUUGUUAGCAGUAGAUUAGUCUCUGUAUCAUAAAUCAUGUUGGACUUGAGUACCAAAGCAAUACUCUGGUCUUGUGAACGUUACAUUUUAAGGCCUUUGUUUAGCUGAUGCUCUAGUUUUUUGUUGCUUUAAUCUUCUGGGAGGAUUAUUUUUCUAAGUUCAGUUAAAAAUAGUCUGCCUUAUGUGUUUUAUUUUUUUGUUGGUGACCUUGUUUGACCUGUUUGCCAUCACUCAGUCUUAACACAGAGGCCAUUACUGAUCACACGAGGAGGAGCACAUUCAGUCCUGACUUUUAAAAACACGUCUGCUUUUGCCAAAUUUCACACCGCGCCAUCAUGUACAAGAUAUGUGCAAUAAUGUUGGAUCUGUUUUCUUGCCGUAGCCUGAAGCUCACUUCAAUGAUUGUUAUUUUUUUUUUAUACUUUUAUUUUGCGCAUGUCUGUGACAAUGAGCUGUAUUGUGUUACAGGAUAUGUAUCAUUGGUAGUGAAGACAGUAAAGUACAACUCAUACCGAG